UUCGGAUAACCCGAUCCGGCACAAGCUGGCAUGUACGUAUUGGCUACAGAACCACGCCUUCGAAGCGGGCAACACGGAAAACGGUCAGACUCAGUGACUCUAAUCAAAAUGGAGACGGCAGCGGUCGGCGUCGAUGAUGUCUCUCCCGCCACGGCGAUCUCCCGGUGGAGUUUCAGAGUGUCGCAGCGGUACCAACAUCUGCUUGACAAGUCGACCCCGCACGUGCUCCACCGUUGGAUCGCUUUCCUCAUGGUCGCCUCCGUCUAUGUCCUUCGCGUCUAUGUCGUACAAGGGUUCUACAUCGUGUCGUACGGCCUUGGAAUCUACAUUCUGAACCUCCUCAUAGGGUUUCUCUCUCCCCAGGUGGAACCCGAGAUCCAGGGUCUCUCCGAGGGCCCCACGCUCCCAACACGUGGUUCAGAUGAAUUCCGGCCCUUCGUUCGUCGGCUACCGGAGUUUAAGUUCUGGUACUCUAUCACAAAGGCAUUUUGCAUUGCUUUUGUGAUGACAUUCUUUAGUGCAUUUGAUGUACCUGUGUUCUGGCCAAUACUGCUUUUCUACUGGCUGUCACUCUUCAUUCUCACCAUGAGGCGACAGAUAACACACAUGAUCAAAUACAAAUACGUUCCAUUCUCACUCGGAAAGCAGCGGUAUGAUGGGAAGAGAGCAUCAUCAACUGAAAGCAUGAAUCUUUCUAAGGAUUGAGUUCUUCAGUGCCUUCUGAGGAUAUGUUGGUAGGCAAAAGUGCUUUUUGACUAGUUUCUGCGUCAUGGAUGAUCGUUCAUUUUCCCUUGAUCUUUUAUGGGCAAGCUUUUGUAUAUCCUCCUGGAAAUUUUGUUUUGAAGGGGGAGAUGAAGCAGUUCCUGAUACCUUUUUUUUCCCCUUUUUUACUACUAGUAUAAAAUAUCCUUUUGUAUAGAAGGGCACAUACUACCUUCCCCCGUUGCUGAUAUAUUUAAUAUAUGUUUCACGGAGCCUUUGCAGUGAGGAAGGAGUCUAGCUUCGCAAUUGGGUUUAUUUAAAUUUGACUUCAACUGUGCUUUCAUUUUCUCAUUCACAUGAAACACUACUUGGCUAUCAUGCUGUGCAUGUUCAGCAGCAUGAUUUAGGGCUAGUUUGGGUAGUGGAGUAUUUUGAACACUACUAUUUAUUAUUUUAUUAUUACUUUUCACC